CCGGAAGUGACGCGCCACGACUAGGCUCAGACGCUCGAGUGAUUUUCCUCCUGCACAGACUGUUGCUAAGUGCCGCUGCUAAACCGGGAAUAAGAAUAAAAUGGUGCGACAUGGCAGAAGAUGUGUUUGAUGGACAUUUCCUUCGCAUCCCUUCACAUGCACGUGGGAGUGGCGUCCGUGUCAUGAUUAUACGACUGUAGCAUCGAGUUUCUGAGUCGCCAUGGAGACUCCCGUUGAAAGUGAGCUGCCUGGUGCAGCGGGUGGUGGUCCUCCCUCAGACCCAAUCUCCCCCGAUCCUCAGACACCCCAGACGCCCCCGGCAGGGAAGCUACGAAAGACGGCUUUCAAGUUUUUCGGAGGUCGAAAGAGCAUCUGUAUGCUGCCCAGCUUUUUUGUGGGAAGAGGCAAGGGUCAAGGACGGUGGUCAUCUAAAAUGGGCGUGACCAAGAGCCAGACGUACGAUGGUGUAAGCAGGGCAUGCUGGGAAGACGGCAUGAGAAGUGGCGGCGAUGUGACGUCAGCAGAGUUUGAGUUCCACAACCCAAACAGCUCGAGUGACCUGCAGAAAACGCAGGAAAGUUUCGCGAAGUCUCAGUCUCUCCCGCGACAAAAGAGAGGCCUCCGAGGUCUCUUCAGCAGUAUCAGGAAGCACCGGAAAAACAAACAUCACGCCGAAGCAGAUAAAAACGAGAUGCUCGAAAUGUCCUCGGGUGAAAUAGUGCUUGGUAAGAUGACAAACCUCGGUUGUCAUGUUGACAACAACGACAACAAGAGUCACAUUGAUUUGCUAGAGCCGGAUGUGCCUACGGAAUUCAACAGCGGAGUGUUCGCUGAAUCGCCCGCCGUUAAUGUUCACACAUGUAAAAUCGAGGAAAUGCUAAUGCCUCAGAAAUUAAAGGCGAAGGGAAAGGCUAUGGGGGAAGAAGAAGAAGAAGAAAAAGAAAAAAGUGGUGAAGGACAAGAUGUGGAAGAGGAAGAAACAGAGCAAAAGAAACAGCGUGGUCUGGUGACGUAUCGGCAGCCGCUGUGUGCAGACUCCGAGAUGGUGCGCCUCACUGAAGAACACACAGACAUACCUGAGGCUGACCCGGCCACAAUGUCCACCUCGGCUGACAACUUGAUGUUCGGAGACGUGUCCUCUCUGAAGAGUUUUGACUCGUUGACUGGUUGUGGUGACAUUAUUGCCGAUCAGGACGACGUUAGUGUCGCGGAGAGUUCAGUAUCCGGCGAGAGAGGAAGUCGUAAUGCUGGCAAGCGCAGCUCCUGUCUGGUUACAUAUCAGGGCGGUGGAGAGGAGAUGGCAACACCGGACGAAGUGGACAAUGACUACCUGCACAGCCUGUGGGAGUCGGAGGGCAGCGAGGUGUGCUACCUUCCAUCAGAACAGACUGUCAGCCCAUCGUCCACCCCCGAUCAGCCAACCAGCUCCUUUCACGUCACCACCAGCAUCAGCGGCAACACCAGCACUAGUCCUUUGGGAAUAACGGACACGGUCCUUACACCUAACGAUCUUCUGACUCCCCAGAGUGACCGCCAGGGCUCGGUCCCAAACAGCGACGAGGGUUACUAUGAUUCCACAACACCUGGAGCUGAUGAGGAUACCCGUGAACGUCCACAGCAGGAAAGACUUCCCCGGGACAGCUAUAGCGGCGACGCCCUUUACGAACUUUUUGAGCCGGACGACAGAUUGCUGAGUCCGCCUUUACCUUCUAAAGACAGUGGAGGGUUAAUGGGUGGAAACAAAGGUAAAGGAGAUCUUCUUUAUCCAUUGACGUCUGAUGCCAUGGAGACAGAAGAGGAGCGAUUGAGUAAGAUCCAGCAUGCCCUGCUGUGUUGCGAGUUGCAGAAUCUGAGAAACCCGUCUAAAGAUCAGCUUCUGUAUUGUAGCGAGCGGAUAUACAGUGAUUCAACCCCUCUGGAAGGGUCUGAAGAGGAAGGAUACCACCAGUCUGGACAGAGACAACUGCAGGAAGGCUCCCAAGCCUUAAAAGAAGUUUUGUCUCAGGUGCAGGGGGGUCAGGUGCAGGCGCAGCACAGAACCUUGUACGGUACAACUGCCGACUCAAGGUUAAGCGCGCAAGCCUCGAAGGCAGCAAGCCUUGUAAAAGAUGCAGUACUGUAUUCCAAGCAAGAAAGGUGCAAUGACGGCUCUUUACCACCCACUAGAGGCUGCAGCCAAUCACAGGAGGAGCUAAUGGUCUGUUUUUCACAAGCGUUAGUAGAUUUUAACAAAAACACCAGACUCUAUCGCAACUCCACAGAGAGCUUGGAUGGCUCGGAAUCCAGCUCCCCAUUCGGACCAAGCCUAAGUGCUCUUCCUGCUAUUGUUACUUUUGACGUGGUCGACAUGGAGAACGAGGGUGAGUGUGAACAGCCAGAGCUUGUAGAGGAAGAGGAGGAAUUGGAAUCCCCGUUCGAGGCAUUCGAAGACGAUGGCUGCUACUUGCAGCAGGACGCCUUCGCCGAGUGCGAUCAGAGAACCUUUGAUGCCUACGAGCAAAGUUUGUUACUUGGCAGCGCUUGGGGUAUCGCGAGCCUUCCUCGUCACCUCAGCCUCGGACGGCCGUGUCCUCCGAUUCCGGCACCACUCGCUCUGAACCGACGUAGUCGCUCUCUGGAUACGGACAGUCUCGAGCUCCAGACCAGCGAGCUUUACGCGUCUCUUGUUUCCCACGGCCACAAGACGGCUGCUUCCUUUCACCGUAGGAAAAACAGCGCAGACGGAGGAGACCUUUGUGACGUGGUUCAACAAGGACGGAGCUGGAGGCAGGGACAUGGCUGCGACUUUGACUCUUCUCAGAAGAACACCUCAGUGUCUCAGCAGCAACAGAGAUCCUCGCAUCGUACCCCUUGGAUGGAAAGUUCUAGUUUAAGCUGUCAGCCAACGGUCAGGCCUUCCCAUCUCCCCCUAAAGGCUGCUUACCCGAAUAGCAGCACAGCACGAAUCCUGAAAAUCGCUGCUGACAGGGACGUUUCGGGAGGGAAUGGUGGUGACCCUGGUGGACAGUGGAAAAGCCGACCAGUUGGUAUCACCCAGGGUAUACCUCAUCACCGAUCUGACCAAUCUGAGGCUUCAAGAGAGAUUACGACCAAGAGUAGGAGAACGGAGCUGGAGGUGGCAGGGUUCUCCACGGCAACGCCCAAACGCAACAUGUAAACACCCAGGAGAUAAAAAAAAGUGACCAGGUCUCAUGGCCAAAGACACAGCUGGAUGUUUACUGACCAUCAUGAUUUGUAUCUCUACUGUUACUGUUAUAUUUUUACAGUUAUAAGCUAUUAUAUUUUAGUGAUGGUGUAGUUCUUUUUUUUUCUUAGACAUCAAUGAUGUCUUUUUUUUAUUUGCCACGUUGAUUGGCGUUUAUGUAGCAGUUGUCUAUGAUUUUAUAUUUGUGCAGAAGUGUAGGGCUUUUGUUUUGUGCUUUGCAAAUCUUUUCCGACUCGCAAAACAGAAAUUUUUGCGAUAUGAUCGCAAGUUUGAAACAAAACUGUGCCGAUGUAUCAAAGUUUCUGCUGCUCUUUUCUGACAGGACUAGAAGACUUGAACCUUUUUUAACAAAUGAUGGUUAACAUCUUUUAGAUUUUCUGCUGAACACUUUUCUGUAAACUUUUUAAAGUUGAAAGUCCUACAUUUUUUUUUUUUUUUUUUUACGUUUAUCGUUAGUCGUUUUACAUUUUUUCACACUUCUGGGGACCUUUUAGUGAACACGGUGAUGCUUGGGAACAAAAACAAAACACAACAAAAACUCUUUAAAGUUUUAUAUGUUCAAAUUAUGUUUUUUGUUCUACUUUAAAGAGUUUUUCCCCCUGUAGUUAGUGUUUGAGGGGAGGGGAGAGUCAAGUAAAAAAAAAAAAGUCAAAAAUGAAUGUAAGUACUUUAUUUGUUUUAUCUUUCAUCCAUUUUAUUUAGCGACAUAAACAGUCUCGGGCAGCUUUACAUUACGCUUUUAAGUGUCGUCAGAACAAAAGAAACGUCCGGGAGAUUACGAGCGAUGCUAGCGUUCGGUUGGUUCUAUCAUAAAACGUUGAUGAAGUAGCUCUAUUCAUUUUCUCGUAUUCCUUGCUACACGGUCCAUAGUCGAUUGGAAAUCAUUUUGUAAAUGUCUUGCCAAAACCAACAUCAUGCACUUAACACAGUAUAUACUAAGACCAUGGUUCCCACAUUUAAAAACAAUUCUUCAAGAAAAUUGAUGCUGGUUUAUUGUUAUUUCGCACCUUUUCUUUUGUAUUUUCUGCAUUCGGUACAGUUGUUAAACGUGAUAUGUAAAUGAAUGCUCACACUUUUGUUCCGCUGGCGUAUGUGAGCUAGCUGAAAUCAAAACAAACCUUUUAAAAAAAAAAAUUCUUUCUUCAAAUACACAGAUGUAUCAUUACAGACAAUGAAUGUUUAAUCAUCAAGUUAAAUGUUUCUGGGAUUUAAAUAGCUGCCAAUCACCACCGUUUACCCAUACUGCCUCCGAGUGCAUACACACUCACACACACAGACAAAAAUAAUCAUCUUCUCAACUGGAAAUAAACUCAGACUCAAGUGAA